UAUUGUUAGCAAGCAGAUCUUCAGUAAGACUAGUGAUUCCUCGUGUUCCUAUUGUUGGUUUAGUUUGUUGUAUGCCUUUUUAAGUCAUUAGAAAUAGUGUAGUAGUUCUCAAUAAUGGAUCUUAAUAAAUGCUUAAGCUUACUAGCCAUUGUAAUGUGUAUUGUGGUUGUAGAUGCAGAUGCAAAAACCAUUCAACUUGAACAUGCGACACCGCCGGCUUGUGGACAGUCACCAUCGGAUCGUAUAGCCGGUGGAUCUGGCAUUCUAAUGUACGAGUUUCCAUGGACGUCGCUGAUCGAGUACGAGAAACCAAGUGGAGAGGUUGAAUUUCUUUGCGGAGGAGCACUCAUUCACAAACGCUACGUUGUUACGGCUGCCCAUUGUACCACUUCAAUUCCGUCUGGCUGGAAGUUAAAACGCGUUCGUCUCGGUGAAUGGGAUCUGAGCCGAUCCCCUGACUGCGAGGGAGACGUCUGCGCACCAGCACCGAUCGAUGUGAAUGUAGAGAGUACAAUUGUACACCCGGAGUUUACUAAGAGCGGUAAAACCGCUAUCAAUGACAUCGCGUUAAUCCGGCUCGAAAGAAAUGUCACGUUCACCGAGAUGGUUCAUCCCGUAUGCCUACCAACGACGGCAUUGGCAGGAAACGAGAGCAAUGACGCUGGUUUAGCUUACAGUAGUGGCUGGGGCCGAACAGUAGCUAUGUUGCGGAGUGAUAAGAAACAGAAAUUUGUCAUGCAUAUCAAGAAUCAUUCAGUUUGCUCGGCAGCAUAUGAACCAUUUGGACUCGAUCUGCAAGCAACGCAAUUGUGUGUCGGAGAUAAUGGAAACUUAGACGCCUGUCGUGCCGAUUCUGGUGGGCCACUGAUGCGAGAGAUCGAUGGAGCCUGGUAUUUGCUGGGUUUAGCUAGCUUUGGACCAAAACGCUGUGAAAAUAAUAAGGUUCCGGAUGUGUAUACGAAGGUGUUAGAGUACACGAGUUGGAUUCAAGAUAACAUUAACACAUUCUAGAUUUCUAGAACUAAUAAGAUGACAUUUGUUUGGCAACAUACAUUUGACCCUUUGCGAAUAUUACAUAAUAAAAAGAACGUAUCUAUCGGCAACA